AUGCCAUCAAAAAGUCCCCCAGGUGGAGACGGCCCUCUCUCCUUUGCAAAAAUUGCCGCCAUGUCCGCACCCCACAACCCACAUCCUUCCUCGGUAUCCGAUGAAAACGAAAUAUGCCAGCCAACAGAACAACCGCCCUGCUCCGAAGCAAAUGGGUCCGGUGCAGCUUUGCCCAGCCAGCAUAAUCUCGAUAAAACGCCAGAGGCUAGUUCCAUUGAUCUAGCUGUUGAUGAUCUAGGGAAAGGCGUACAAGAUAUCGGCCUCACCUUGAAGAAGCACAAUGAUGGCUCAAGCUCUUUCAUUGGUGGCCAAGACAAUGGCUUGCUCAAGCGGGAGAACUCUUUUGAAGAUGAUCGCACUCACCUUUCUACCUCAUCCACAAAAAUGACCAACUUUGAUUCCAAGAGCCUUGCCUCGGUGACGACAUUCGCAAUGGAUGAAAAGGACUCUGUACGUCCCGAUGACAGUGCUAGUGUCCAAGCCAUUGAUGAAGAGGAGUCACUUUCCGGACUUGCUUCUGGGGCUCCCAAUUCAGUGGCAGGCUCCGAAGCUAGCAGUCGCGUGUUUCGGGAUCAGUAUCGAGAUGGCAUUCCUACACGCCCACGCGGAAUUUUGCCUGUUCCCCCUCUCUUUGACGGCACUCGGCCAGUGAAUGGUGUGAUUCCCCCAGAUUCAGUCGCGAAUAAUUUCGUGAUUCCAGCCAACCCCGAUGGCAUUGAAGAUGGUCAGAUCUUACAUGGAUUUCCGCUAGAGCCGGAUGAAAAACUCCUAGAGGCAAUGAAAUCACCGAAAGAUCGCCUCCUGAUCCUGCAACUGGAGGAAAAGAUUCGGUACUUUAUCAAGGACUGCAAUGAGCAAUCCCUGGAGUUGCCCCCCCUCAAACGCGUUUGGGCGACUUCUUGCACACAAACUUGGCUUCAUCGAACACCAUUCUGCCGACUACCCACUCCUUUGUCUGCUGUGCAUGCUGCUUGUAAUAGCACUCCGCCCCCAGCUGUUCCCGCAAUGAAAAUUAUGCGCCGAAAUGAUGGAGGGCAAUUCGAAGGAAGUAUUGGAGGCUCGUCAAACCCAUCAAAAGCCAACUCGGAAGAUGGUGAUAGUGGACCAGACGGAGAACGCCACGGAUCUUCAUCCAGCGCUACGCCCGCUAAAGAUCGAAUGGCUUUGACGAGGGAGGAACGGGAGGCAAAAUACCAGGAAGUUCGUGAACGAAUCUUCCGUGAUUUCCCUGACAGUGCCAAAUCGGAUCCGGCCAGCGGUGACUCGAAUCCUGAUAUCUCACGCUCCAGCUCGACGAACGGCCGCAAGAAGAGCCAGAGGCAGCGAACUCCUCAUGAUGACAGCUUUGAGGUUCGCUCGCAGUUUAGCACUUACUACCCUGGGACGCAAUAUGGAAAUGGUGCUGCUCAGUACAAUGCUCCUGUAAAUGACAGCUCUUACCCAAACCAAGUCCCUUACUUGGUCGGACCUGGCGUACCAUUACCCUCUGUCGGUUACAUGCCAUCUGGUCAGAAUGGCGCCGUUUACCCUGGACAGCCGAACAUGAACAUGAAUGGUGUCUCCCAGUAUCCAGUGACAAUGUCCCCUCAGAUGGCCUCCAAUGGCUCGUGGCAAGGAAACAUGCCGCAGCAGUCCCCAUAUUCCGGGUACGCUUCGAUGAACCAGCAAGGGAUGAUGAACCAGCCGUCCUCGAACGCGUCCUCGCCGGCAAUGAACAACUAUGCCGUGCCCAAUGUGGCGCCAUAUCAACAAACCCCCAACUGGAACUCGCCUCCUUUCCCCGCAAGUUUCCAGCAGUCCCCGCACCAGCGGAAUGGACCGCCUGUCCACUGGCCUAACUAUCCUCAGCAGCCAAUGGCUCCCAAUAUGCCACCCAACAUGGGUUCCAACAUGCCGCCCAGCAUGAAUUCAAACAUGGGCUCCAACAUGAGUCCCAACAUCAGCUCCAAUAUGGGCGCAUAUCCUUAUGCUCAAUACCCCGGGCAACAUAUGAAUCCCGGUCUCCAAAAUUCUGCUGGGUCCCACGCAGCAAUGCAAGCAGGAUAUGCUAGGUCUCACUUCAACCCGCAAACCCGCUCAUUCAUCCCGGGCGGUGCUCCUCCCGGGCGUCACCCGAACAAAGGUCAACACACAAUGCAGCCGUAUGGCAACAUGCAACCUAGUAUGCAAUCACAAUGGCACGGGUAUCCGGAACCUGUCGCUAACCGGCCCAUGGACCCAACCCCGGCCAUGAUUCCCAACCGAGUGCCCACCGGUCCUCGAGACUCAAUCGCGAAAUGGGGCACGCCGGCUCAUCUUCCUCCCAAACCACCACCAUCCGAAGUCCCCUCUGACUUUGACCUAAAAAGCCGACCCGCUCCGGCCUCGAUCCCCGCACCAACAUACAACAAUGGAAUUCCAGCCGUGAGCAAUGGACCACUUGUGGUCUCGGGAGGCACAACUGUCUCCAAGCCAAACUAG